AUGAAUAUUUACAAUUAUCUCUUUAAGUUCAUCAUAGUUGGAGAUACAAGUAAGAUAAAAAUAAGUAAGUUUAGAUGUUGGUAAAAGUUGUUUACUUUUGUAAUUUACAGAUUCUAGAUUCAGAAAUGAACAUGAUGCCACAAUUGGAGUAGAAUUUGGAUCAAGAAAUCUAAAAAUUAAUGAUAAAUAAAUCAAAUUACAAAUUUGGGACACUGUAUGAAUAUUUUUUAAAUAUUUAGGCAGGCCAAGAAUCCUUUAAAUCAAUAACGCGAUCUUAUUAUAGAGGGUAUAGAAUGAAUAACUAAUAUAGAUCAAUCGGUGGAAUACUUGUAUUUGAUGUGACAAGUAGACAGUCUUUUGAGGAUUUAUAAAAAUGGUAUCAAGAAAUUUAAGGAUAUGCAUGUGAUAAAAUAGAGAUGGUUAUAGUAGGAAAUAAGAUUGACUUAGAAGAGAGGUAAUAUUUAAAUAAAGUAUGCUUUAGAAGAGAAGUUUAAACAGAGGAGGCUAGAAAAUAUGCAUAAAAAUAAGGAUUUGCUUACUUUGAAACAUCAGCUAAGACAGGUGAAAAUGUUGAUAAUGUGUUUGAAACUAUGGCUAAUUAAGUAUUAAAGAAAAUUGAUAGUGGAGAAAUAGAUCCUACUUAAGAAGUAAUUAAAAAAAAAUUAUUUUUAGGUUUAUGGAAUCAAGAUUGGAUCUAUUGGUAUCAAAAAGAAGAAUGAUGUAGUUUAGCCUAGAGAAUAACCAAAAGCUUAGCUAGUAACAACAAAUUAGACCUAGUAAUAAUAAAAGAAUGAGGGCUGUUGUUGA